AUGGCCGCCAAACGCAAAGAACCCGACUCCCCGGACUCGCAGACGUCGGAGACUAGUAAGAGGCCGCGCUUGCAACCGGCCACCUCCACCACCACCAUCGCCAUCGCCACCGCCACCGCAUCUGCCACCUCCUCCUCCUCCUCCUCCUCCUCCUCCUCCUCCUCCACCUUCGUCGCCACCGCCACCUCCCCAUCUGGCUCCUCUUCGCCAGUCUCAUCGACAAGCACGCUUGAUACCAGAAACAUUACCAACUCAGUAAACACCAAUAGUCCGGAUAGCACAUCAUCUCCCAUUCCCGCUCCCAGCCCCACCCAUUCCACUGCCGUCGACCCGCCCGCGCCCCCGCCCGCUAUCCCAAGCGGCGUAUCCAUCCUCUCCCCCACCCAGCUCUCCCCGGGGCAGGUCCUCGUCGGCAACGGUCCUAACUCUUCCCAGCUUUUUCGGAGAUCCUUCGCUUCUUCAAAUCUCCACAAAAUAGCCGUGCGUAGCAUGGGAGGCUGGAAUUUCAACUCGAUGACCUUCGGAUCCUUGAUGUGGCGUCGUCUCCCACCCGAGGUCCGCGAUGAAUGGUCGAGAGCGUGGUACGGCGGCCCCAGCAAGAAACCAUCAAAGUUGACUGCAUCUAGAAUCCGUGAGAUCUGGGUGAAUCGUCGGCUCGCUGCCCUCGCCGAUGCCGUGAUAGCAAACCUUCAUAUACCACUCGAGCACCUCGAAGGACACCUCCGUCAUGCGCUUGAAGAGUUCGACGCCUUGGACCCUCCUCCCACCAUCCUCAUCGGCAACACUGAGAAUAUGGAGAAGAAGAAGAAGAAGCAAGCGUCCGGGUUUAGUGAGGGAGAGGAGGAGGAGGAGGAGGAGGAGGAGGAGGAGGAGGAGGAGGACGUGUUUCACGCCUACGAUCCCAAGGCGGAGGAGGAGGCGAAGGAGGCGAAGGAGGCGAAGAAGCAGAAAACCAAGCCCAAGCGCUCUGCUCCUAAUGUUCAAUCUCCCAACCCUCCUGCUGGCUCGACUUCCGCAUCCACCGCGCUUGCCGCCGCCUCUACCUCCACCUCCACUUCCCCCGCCUCCACCUCCCCCGCCUCCACCUCCCCCGCCUCCACCUCCACCUCCACUUCCUCCGCCCCUGCAUCCACCUCCACCUCCCCCGCCCCACCUCCUCCCGCGUACACGUCUUCGACAUUUGUCUUUGACUCAACGCUCGCUCUUAUCGAUGAUGCCACAGCAAAGGCGAUCGUGAAGAGCAAGAGCAAGAGCAAGAGCAAGAGCAAGAGCAAGAGCAAGAGCAAGCCCCAGCCCCUCCCCCAGUCCCCCGAGUCUUCACAGGCCGGACCAUCGAAUGCUCCCGCCAACACCAACAACGCCGUCAGCGCUUCUUCACAACAGCCUGCACUCCACACCGGACGUCGUAUCCGGAUUCAACGCGUGCAGGCAACUCCGGUCACGAUGCCCACACCCAUCGUGUCGUCGUCCUCGGCAGGUUCCCGAGCGACGAUCCCAACACGCCCUCUAUCCCCCCCGUCGACGCAUCGUCAGCCCUCCUACCCUUCAGCGUCCGACACCUUCACGACAGAGCCUUGUGCUCCCUUUCCCCAACGACUUGCCAACACGGACUUCACUCCCCGCUACGCUAAUCGGCUUGUUGCGUCGCGCGAGAUCAGUCCCGCUACGGGCAUGAUGGGCAUGAUGGACAUGGGUCCGUAUGAGGGAUAUAGGUCGUCGACGGCAGGCUCGACGUCGGGGUCGCCAGGGAUGUUUGACUAUUCCUCGUCGGAGGAGAGUCGGUGGACGCCUGCGUCGUCUGCUUCGCCAAUGCUUCCGCCUGGGUAUAUCCACUACCCCAUGCCCGUCUACGCCUCCGAGUACGCCCACAUCUCUUCUUCUGAGCACUGUCAGCCCGAGCCCUACGACUCCCAGCCUCAGGACCAGUAUCAGUACAUCGCCCUGCCUCAGCGCUCGUUGACGUCAAACCACAUGAACAGCCCGGCGUCGUUCCACACCACCCACAGCCUGAACACGCAGCAGGGGAACGUCGCGAACGUAGACGCAGCGCAGUGGAACGCGGCCCCGGACGUGAACGCGUACGAUUCGGUCGCGCCGGGUGAGUGGCCCGCGACGUCGCAGGGGAAUGUUGGGUCGUACUACGACGAUGGCCUCAAUGGGGCUUCGUCGUCGUUGGCGUUGCCGUCGGUGGGAACGACGGGGUAUGAGGAGAUGGUGCCGAUGCAGGUGCCGCUUGGGCAGCAGCAGCAGGUGUACGGCGGGCAGGGGGAGGCGUACCAGGCGCAACAGCCGUUCUACCCUGCGCCCGAGUUCGAUUUCGGGGGCGUUGAAGGGUAUGAGGCGUAG